CUCUUUGUUGAUCUGCACACUAGAGCUGAGGAUUCUACCUACGAGGAUGCUAUCUUAAACGGCAUAGAGGUGUUCAAGAUGAGCGAUUCUGAUCGUAACCUCGCGGGACCAAACCCUCCACUACAGGACUCUAAGGGAUCCGACCAAACUCUGAAUCCAAACACAGAAAAUUCCAAGUCGAAGAAAACACUAUUGGCCAUUGCCUUAGGGAGUGGCGUUGCUGGCUUUGUUGUUCUACUGUCUAUGGUGUUCUGUGUAGUUUUCUUGAGGCUACGGAAGGAGAAACGCUACCACGGUUCGUCCAAAAGAAGAUCCAGCAGGUCGACGAAGACUUCCUCGGGGAGGCUUCCUGAGCAGGUUUGCCGUUGUUUCUCGCUCGCCGAGAUCAAGAUGGCGACCAACAACUUUGAUCAAGUGUUGGUGAUCGGCAGGGGAGGUUUCGGUUACGUCUACAAAGGUCAUUUGGCCGACGAAGUGUCCACAGUUGUUGCAAUCAAGCGGCUGAACAAGGGGUUAUCGGGCCAAGGAGAGAAAGAGUUCGAAGCGGAGAUUAAGAUGUUAUCUCAGCUCCGCCACGUCCAUUUGGUCUCCCUCAUAGGCUACUGCGACGACGACGAUGAGAUGAUCCUCGUCUACGACUACAUGGCCAACGGGACUCUUCGAGACCAUCUCUAUGGCACGGACAACGACCCUCUCCCGUGGAAACAGCGACUCGAGAUAUGCGUGGGGGCGGCGCGUGGGCUGCACUACCUCCAUUCAGAAGUGAAGAAUACCGUCAUCCACCGAGACGUUAAGACGACAAACAUAUUGUUGGACGAGAAGUGGGUGUCAAAAGUUGCCGAUUUUGGAUUGUCAAAACUCGGUCGCGGCGACAGCGCUGUUAGUACGGCGGUGAAGGGCACUUUUGGGUACAUGGACCCGGAAUACGCACAGAGCCGGCAACUGACGGACAAGUCCGACGUGUACUCUUUCGGUGUGGUUCUUUUCGAGGUGUUGUGUGCCCGUAAACCGGUGGAUAUCAAACUCGAAGAGGAUCAAAGAAACUUGGCACAAUGGGCAAGGAAGUCCAUAAAAGAAGGGAGGAUUCAGAACAUCAUAGACCCGUACUUGAUAGGCAAGAUUGCGCCGGAGUGUUUCAAGAAGUUCGUGGAGGUGGCGGAGAGGUGCGUCCGAGAUUAUUGGAGUCAACGGCCCACGAUGCAUGAGGUGAUGGAGAACUUGGAGUUUGUGUUGGAGCUGCAAGAACAAGCGGACGCGACGCAGCUGGGGAAUAAUCCCGACGGGCGGUGUUCGUAUCCGGAGAAGCUGUCGUUCCAUCUGGUUGUGGAUAACCGUGGGUUCGGAUACGACGUGUUGGGGUUGCGAAGUGGGGUCGGUGUUUCCACCACGGUGGGGUCCAACACCGCCGAAUCGGGCGUUCCUAGUCUGGACAGUGAAAGUGGCACCCGCGAAAUAUUCUCAGACGCCUCUAUUUCCAAAAAAACAUGUCGUUACAGCCGUUGCUGUUGCUUCAUAUCGUCUUUAACCAUACUAAUUCUUCUGGGCUGCACUAUUUUCUGCAGAAGACGCAGAACGAUUCAGUCAGAUGAAGAGCAAAAAGUUUUAUAUUGUCAUCGUUUCACUCUCAAUGAAAUAAGAACCGCCACGAACAACUUCGAUACGGACCUUAAAAUCGGGGACGGCGGGUUCGGAAGAGUUUGCAAGGGCUUCAUCGACGGCAAAGAAAACCCCGUGGCCGUCAAAGUCUUGAAGUCAACGUCGAGUCAAGGGUUCCGAGAGUUCUGGACUGAAGUCGAAACGCUCUCGAAGCUACAAAACCCUAAUCUCGUUCCUCUGAUCGGCUACUGCAACGAUCAACGGUUCAUGAUCAUCGUAUAUGAUUACAUGGCCCACGGAACGGUCCGUGAUCAUUUGUAUGGUACGAAUAAUCAGCCUCUGACGUGGAAACACAGAUUAGAGAUCUGCAUUGGACCUGAUCGUGGAUUGGUUUACCUUCAUGCAGGCGCGGAGCAUAUGAUAAUCCACCGCGACGUGAAGACGAGCAACAUUCUGUUGGACGAGAAUUGGGUUGCCAAGGUGUCAGACUUUGGGCUUUCGAGAUUGGGCCCGACGAGCCCAUCGAGAAGCCACAUCAGCAUGGAUGUGAAGGGCACGUUUGGGUACUUGGAUCUGGAAUACUUCUGGACCAAGCAACUCACUUCAAAGUCUGAUGUUUAUGGGUUUGGAGUGGUGAUGUUCGAGGUGUUGUGUGGCAGGCCUGCCGUGGAUAUGGGCCUGGAGGAGGAGCAACAGAGUUUGGUCCAAUGGGCUCGAUUUAACGUGGAGAAAGGGAUUCUCGAUCAGAUCAUAGAUGAGAAUUUGAGGGGUCAGAUUGCGCCAGAGUGUUUGAAGGUGUAUGGAAAAGUAACGGAUCGGUGCUUGAGAAGUGAUAGAAAGCGACGGCCCAAGAUGGAUGAUGUGUUGAGGGCCCUUGAGUUCAUACUGAGGCUGCAGGAAGGUGCUGAUUCAGCCGUGGAGGACGGGAUAGAAAUUGGUGAGGAAAAUAAGAGUGAUGAGAACAUUUCAUGUUGGAGAGGUGGAGAUUAAGUGCUUGUGAGAUCACAGUACAAAAAUGUCGUGUUGCAUUCUUGUCCAACGAUAUUAUGGCCAAAAAGUAAUUCUCAAAGAAUGCUUUUGAGAUUCUUUAGCGAUAAGGUGGGGCUGAAAUAAGGUGGGGCUGAAAUAGGCAACUCAAUUUACAUCCUGAGCUCUCAUAACUUUAUGUUUCACGUGUUCGUAUACACUAAAGAACCAUCAUGGUGAGGGUCUAAAUUAAAAUGAAAAAUAUCCAUGGUCAUAAAAUAUAUGUUUCCUCAUCUCUGUGAACGUAUAAAAUAUCCUUACCAAUGAAAUAUUUGCUCAUCUUUC